AUGGAUGGCGUCAGGCCAACCCGCCCGGACAAGCCGUAUCAGCGCACCUACAAGGCAUGCAUCCCUUGCCGACAACGCAAGGCCAAAUGCGACUUAGGAACCGGUCCAGAUGGCCUUCCGAUCGGCCCACCGUGUGCUCGAUGCCGCAGGGAGCUAAGGGAGUGUGUGUUUCCCGAGAAGCGGGCUUGGGAAAGAUCCCGCAAAAGAUCUCGAUCACCUGGAAGUUAUGAAACGAAUGUAUCACCCCGGCAUGUCAGACAGCUGACCGCGACCUCACCUGAGGACUCUGUUCCUGCCCAAGGCCGCAUUCAUCACCCUCGUCGUGCGAGUGAAAUAAGCAACCCUACCCCAGAGGCGACCAAUUUCCAACACUCCCCUGAUUUCCAGUCGGGGUGGUCUUAUCCUCGUGGCAUACAAUCUUCUAACCAUGGAUCUUUUGAUCGCAAUGGCGCUUUGGAACAUCCACGCGCCGAUCAAUCCCCAUCUCAUGCGUACGAAAACACUAAACAUCGGUCAAAUUCCACGCUGGCGAGCUCUAUGAUGCGUACUGUAGUUGCAAGUGGAAAUGAUGCUCUCAAUAUUCUCUUCGAGGCAGCCACUGCUCAAGAGGAUAGUCGUGCUGAUACUAGCCCCGAAUCAAUACCUGGGCCUCCAUCGGCAGGCCCAAGUCAAGUUCGAACUCCGGGGAACUAUGAUGCUGCGUUCGAGCCAGUAAUACGAGUCAUACAUCCUGUUCCGUUAUCCAAUGUUUCUCAAGAAACCCUCAAUAUUUGGGAAGCUUGCCGAUUCGUCAAGAUGGGUUGGUUCACUGCUAGGGAGGCUGUUACAUUCAUCGAUCUGUCGGUAUUCCACAUUUUCAUAUUCCUCACAUGA